AGCACAUAAUGAAUAUAUACGGUUCCUCUUGUGGUGUUCAAUGUUAUUACUUCUAAGCUCGAGUUGUGAUUCUCUAUGUAUUGAUAUUAUACAUCUAUCAGAUUAAGCACGCCCUCACAUAGCUUAGAAGAAGCGUGUAAGUAUCAGUUCCACAGGCAUACACAAUUCACGAUACGCGAGCGUUAGGCUUGCAUCUCAAUAUGACGGAAAACGCAUUAGACCAGGCAGGGGUGUCUAACCUCUGCCAAGAAUACGCAACAGGAACGCCCGAGCGUCGAGCAGAGGUGGUAUCUACACUAGUACAGGGUAUAUAUAACAAGAGUAUCCGCUUAGAACACGUAGUCAUGGGCCUGGCGCCUCAGUUAACCAGUACCGAAGGGCGCCAGCGCAACACUGGCAUGACAAUGCUAUCAGAGCUGUUGAGUGUUGCACGCACCCACAGAUUCGCAUGGAAUGAGGUGAACACAUUGGUGGAUUUCUACUUGGCACGAAUGGAGGACUAUGAGUGUACUGUGCCGUGCCUCAGAGGCCUAAGUGCGGUGGCCAGGAAUCAGAAGCUGACUAAGGACCAGGUCACGGCUGUUAUUAACACGUUGUUUGCGCAGGUUAGGGUCAACAACUUGGCACAGGGCGAGCGACUGGAGUAUCUUCUGAUGAUGGAACACUUUCUGGAGACGCACAUCGAUGCCUGCAAAGACCUUGGCCAUGAAUUUGUGUUUGGCUACGUUCAAGCCAUUGAUGGCGAGAAGGACCCGCGCAACCUUGUCAAGGUGUUUGAACUCACCACAAAGAUCAGCAAAACGUUAGACAUCUCACGGUUUGUGGGUGAUUUGUUCGAGGUGACUAUCUGUUACUUUCCGGUGACCUUCAACCCACCUGCUGACGAUCCCCAUUCCAUCACAAAGAAAGACAUUAUUGACGGCCUCAACAACGCCUUAGCCGCCUCUCCUCUGUUUGCAGAGUUCGGUAUCCCGGCCCUAUUCGAGAAGCUCGAGUCACACGUGGAUGACAAUCGUGUGGCUGCCUUUCGUACCAUCUCUAUCUGUGCUCCCAAUUACUCGCGCAGUCCAACGGGUGGUUUAAUGCCGCACAUGCAGCGCUUCUGGGAUGUGGUCAAGCGGGAGAUGUACGAGUACGGCGAGAAGAAGGUUGAGGGCAUAUGCCUCACCUCCACAAGACGUCUGUUCGCCGCCGUUUCGCAAACUGAGGACAGCGCGAGCGUGAAAGCCUUCACCGAGAAAGUGGUGCAGGAGUGUCUGAGUGAGUUCAAGGACCAAAGCGACAUCCUCACACUCACCCCCUCGAGCAAGAUCAUCGCAGCCAUCACCGGCGCGUCGGGUCUGACCUGUGAGGUGGUGUCACGGGUGUUUGUGCCUACGGUAGUGGAACAGUACAGCCGACCGGAGUCGUAUCCUCAGUUUAAGCAUGCGUUGUUGGAGGGGCUGUUGAACUUUGUGCGCGCACAUAACAUGCUGUACUUCCCAUCGAGCACGAUGAAACACGGCACCCACACAGCCAGUGAGGUCAAAGCUCAGCCACCACAGACACCCGCAGAUGGUGCCACUGCCGGUGAGGUUGCUAUGCAAGAUGCCGAGGAUACCGACGAGGGCCCUGUGCAUACGGUAUUGCGUGAUCAUUUGCAGACCAUCUCGGGAUUGUUCUACGAAAGUUGCUGCGCGGAGCAACCGGCACUGCGGGCGUUGGCGUGCUAUGGCAUCGAAGGACUGAUCACAUCGAGGCAGCUGACUGCCAAAGAGGUCGACCAGGCCACUAAGGAGCUAUCAAGCAUGGCAAUGAUCGAAGAUGACACCAACGUACAGACCGCCAUGGUGGAUGUCUGUGCCACUGUGGCGCGGCUGGUACCUGAGGCGAUGCUAGUGAACGCCGCUAAGCCUAUCCUGGCUCAGUUUGAAGAGUGUGAGGAGGAGAAGGUUGCGUAUGUGCUGCUGGUUAUGGAUGCGCUGGCGACGGCUGAGCAUUUAGGCACGAGCAUGACCCGACACGCCACGGAGAAGCUGCUGCUGUGCAAAGCUAUAGACGCCCCAUUCGUCAAAUGGGCUGAAGCCCUAGAUCGUAUAGUCGCGUCCAUGUGCGCCCAAGACACAGACGGCGACAGUCCCUUAGUUCAGCCCAGACACUGUGCAGAUGCGGUGGUGUCUGAUGUACUGACUCUGCUACUGCCCCACGUGUUCAACCUGACGGGCCAUACGCCCAGAGACAGCAACUACUGGAAUCCUGCGCUGCUACACAGUUUAAAGAACACUGUGGUCACGGCUGCGAGGAAAUCUACCACCGACUUACAGCAGAGCUUGAUAAUGCAGAUGUCUGUGUGGGAAGCAUGCUUUACGGAUCACAAUCGUGACUACACGCCCUACCGCUUGGCGCUGUACGCCUCUGCGUUUGUCAACCUGAGCGGGGUGGCCCAGCCCGCUCUAACUACUCAGGUGCUGCAGGAGAUGGUUUCGCUGGCGUUGGAUGCCACGGCGACUGAAGCAUCGGUUCUGUGGGCGAAUAAGAUCCUAGCAUCAGCCUGCAACAAAGCCCAGGACAGGUCCGCGCUAGAAGCCUUUGUGCAGCGCGUCGCAGACAUCAUCACCACAGUGAUCCUGAACCCGCCCACAGAGUCUCCCGAAAACACCCCCUCGCAGACCCCCCUGGCGGUGCGCACGUGGGCAUGGCUGGUAAAAGGCCUCCUGCUGCGCGCCCACAAGUCCGGCAGUCAAAUGCUCACGACGCUUAUCAGCUGGAUCGGCGACGUGCACGCAGGACAAUGUGCGGCCCAGGCCUUUGAGGUUCUGGUCACACCGUACGAUGACUGUCUGUGCAAGGCGAGCCAUGCCAAGACCAGCGCCCUGUACCAGCAGCGCCUGUUCCUCAUGGCUUUGGACCCGUUGGUGGCGGGUUAUGGGUCAGGAAAAGAGGGCCGGGACAGCGACGUGGUGAAGGCGAGGUACUUGACGGCGCUGUCUUACCUACUGCAGUACGCACCCAAGCAAGUGCUGACCGAGCAACUGCCGCCGCUGCUGCCCAUGCUGUUGGCGUCCUUGUCAAUGGACUCUCCCGACCUUCUCAAGUCCACAUUGAAGACGUUAGUGGGUCUGAUGAAUGACGCAGCCACAGUGCUACAAGUGCACGUGGACUCCCUGAUCCCCCUGAUACUGAAACUGGCUCAUGCCUCAACGAAAAUGGAUGUACGCAUGGCAGCCCUGGAUUGUGUCAAUGCCAUGUCUUCGCUCCCAUACCACGUGCUUCAUCCUCAUAAGCCGGCUGUGUUGGCGGGUGUUCGCGUGUGUCUGGGCGACAAAAAGCGCCUGGUUAGGCGCUCGGCUCAGGUGUGCAACAACACAUGGUACCUGAUAUAAACCAGGUUUAGGGGAUAAACCAGUUGCAUACGGUGAAUGCGGCCCACCACGCCCCACCCAUAGGUUAUGACUUGUAACCGAGGUGUCAGCCACAUGCAUGAGAUUAGAGCGCACAACUCCACCCCCCGGGGCUUCAGCUGACAGCUGUUGUGUAGAACAAGGCUUGUUUAACGUGCUGUUCUGAUGGUUUCGAGUUGCCGUCUCCUCGCCGCCGACAAGUGGGUGAUCACAGGUGACUACCAGCUUUGUUCAGCGUGGGUGCAUGCUGGUCUGGGCUCAGGGGCGUACGUACAAUGUGGCCCUGUGUCUCGUUCGUUCGAGGCUAGUGUCUGUGGGGAAAGUUCGGUACAUCCGCGGACAGCCGCUAAUCCACGGUCUGGCAGCUGCACUGGUAUCAGAGGGUGUGUCGCAUAGGUGCCCACUGGUAGGUCUUACAAUGGACUGAACGACUGAGGGGUGCCGAGAGCGCAUCGAGACAGUGCUUCAUCCGUAACGAGAUCACCUGAACGUUUGCCGCACCUCUUCCGUGCUUGUACCUUUCCACAUGGUAGAACGAGGCUCUAGGGGAUACUCUGUUCGUGACCGGGAGAUGUAGCCACUCUUGUCGUAGUCGACCCCAAGGGCGUACGACCUAGAACGCCUCGGAUAUACCGCAUGUUGGACCACGUGCACCUGUGAUGUAUGAGCAUUGCACAUGGGACACUGUGCAGUGGGGCUUAUAUCCAUAUAGUACUUGUAGUGGCGUACAUACCCAUGUAUUGCCUGUAAUGGCAUUGUCGUUGAAUGAGACACCACUUAGACGCCACCGACUUGCAGGUUAAUUCAUUGCAGGCUAUAUUUGGGGCUAUUCACGGAGGCGGGCCGCACAGACAACAGAACGCGCCACCGACAACAUUAGUGUGCUGUAGGGUUUGUAGGGUUGUGGGGUUCUUACAGAGCCAGUCGCUUGGCCGUGGUGCAGUGCUGUGUAUGCAGUUCGUCAACUGAUAGACUGAUAAGCGCUUUGUGCUUUGAAGACGGGAGGUUUAUAUUAGAUGGCACUGUCUUGUCUGCCGGAAGU